AUGUUAAUACCUCAGCCGAAAACAAAUACUUCAAAAAAAAAACAUAAUCAAAAAACUGUAAAUAAAGUUAAAAGAAUUUCACUGAACCAGUUACGAAAUAUAUUUUGUGACGAAACAACUGAGAUUAAAUCAUUUGUGGAAACAUCAACUCCUCAACCGAAGCGGAAAACUCCAAGACGGACAAAGCAAAUUCACAGAUGUAUCGAUACAACAACUCCUAAAAACCGAGAGUCACCAAAUACUUUGGCUAGUAAGCCCAAUUCAGUGUCUAUACAAGAAGAACCCAUUACACGGGCCAUAUUUCACCUGGAAAACCAAGAUAUAAAUACAUCGACAGCUCUUUCGAUUAAACAGCUAUUAAAUCCAAUGCAUUUGCAACAACCAUACCAAAAUCAAUAUUUAGUGCCAAAUCCAUGCGUACAAGAGAACCAUUGUAAUGACUUAAUACCCAUUACUUCCAGCUACAAAUCUCCUUAUCAUUCAUUAACUAGAUCAUACACUUGCAAGACGUUUUCUGCGGCUGAAAAUCAUCAAUCAUUACCGGUCAUUUUGGAUUUGGAAAACAACAAUGAACUCACUAAUAAACCAUCUGUGAGUAUUCCCUCCAUUGAUGAAUUGCGCAGAGACAUAUAUUUAAAAAAGUGUUCUCUAGACUAUAUUUUGAACCUGCAACAACCAUCAAUUGAUCUAUCUACUGACAUGCAAUUGAGUGCCAGCACACCUAACUAUUCGCUUUUACCAUGUUCAUCUGGCCAGGAGUUAUUCUCAUUUAGUGAUAAUUUAUCGGAAAACAUCUCUACAUCAACCAACACUGAUAAGGAAGAGGAAGACUAUGCAUUAAACAAUAUCAGUAGCUACAUAAGUGAUGAGAAUGGGAGAAUGCGGCCAUUUGACAGGGGUAGCACAACCACCAAAAAUGACUUUCUAAAUCAAAUCAAACGUCGUUCACCAGCAUAUUCAAAUGAUCCGUUAGAUUUAUUAUGCUAUGACAAGUAUAUGAUAAUUUUCAAAUAA